ACCCAUUUACAUCCCUAGAUUCGGUGGUCAAUACCAUGGUGAUCGCCAUCGGCCAUCGGCAUUGCACCCACCACAUCCACCACUUGGCACAUACCAUGAGCAACCCGAGUAACCCGCGAGUGUUCUUCGAUUUCUCGAUCAAUAAUGCACCCGGAAGGCGAGUGAUCUUCGAGCUCUUCAAAGAUCGGGUGCCUAUCACCGCCGAAAAUUUUCGCGCACUUUGUACGGGCGAGAAAGGGUACAGCACUAUCGCACCCGAGACCCUGUUAUGCUACAAGGGAUCACCAGUCCAUCGAAUCGUUCCCAACUUCAUGAUCCAAGGAGGAGAUUUCAUCCAACAGAAUGGCAAAUCGGGUGAAUCGAUUUAUGGUGGCGAAUUUGAUGAUGAGAAUUUCGAACUGGAUUGUGAUCGGGAAGGCUUACUUGUCAUGGCGAACAAGGGCCCGAAUACCAACCAAUCCCAAUGGUUUAUCACCUUGACACCAGCAGAUCAUCUUACAGGAAAACAUGUGGUCUUUGGUCGAGUUCAAUCCGGGUUUGAGGUCGUUCAAGAAAUAGGCGGACUGGAGACUGAUAGGAAGCAUCGACCUCUGGGCGGAGCUGAGGCUGUGAAGAUUGUACAUUGUGGGCAAUUGGAACGCAAACAGAAACCUCCGGUGGAAAAAACUGUAGAUGAACCUGUGAAGAAUAGGUCUGAUUCCAAACUGGAUCGCAAACGACACUCACGUUCUUCCAGUGUGGCCUCCUCUGCGAGUUCACGACGAUCGUCCUCGAGCUCAGGAAGCUCCGAAUCCUCUGGUGCGGCCCGACGCCGACGGCGGCAAGAAAAGAAGGAGAAAAAGAAGGCGCGCAAGUCUCAAAAGUCUUCAAAAUCUAAAAAACUCAAGUUCAAAGAACAGCCCGUCGAAGAGCAUCCUCCGCAGGCCGACGAUCCUCGGGCUCAAGAAGAGCUAGCAUUGAUCAAAGUGGAGCUGGAGCAUCAACAAGCCGAACGACAGCGUCAAUCAGAAGAAGAGCUGGCCCGGCUCGAAGAAGAAAAGGCGCGCAAAGCUCGGGCACUCGAACUUCUCAAGAAUAAACCACAUAGGAAAGAAGGCGGGGUGAUUUUCAAAGGACGUGGGUCGAUGCGAUAUCGUGACAGUGAUGUGACGUUUGGAACAAGAGCUUGGAAGGACUGAGUUUACGCAACAAUAAGGAUUGUGGUAUGCACGUGAAGCUAUCAGUUUGGAUAGGUCAUAAGAAUAACGCCCAAUCUUCAAACCUGAAACACACAUCCUAUCACUGUCAGCUCUGUGUAGAAAGUGCGAUUGUUAUUUCAAGUGAGUUGAUUGGUGGCCAACAUCGUCCAAUACUGAUCAGGAUGCCAAUCCGAGACAGAGAUUUACAGUCUCAGAUCACCCCAAUAGUAUAAAUCACCUCCAAACCAAGUCCCUCAUUCUGUUGCCAAUGAUAUGGCCAUCUUGACCAGCGAGAUUUCAUGUUAAAGAUCCCGGUACGUUAAGCCAAUGUAUCUGACCUUGCAGCCAUAUCUUUGCCGGCAUGUCAAA